AUUCGCUGCCCCGAUGCAACAGAACUACGGCCCCGCCUUCUUCACCGCCUUCUUGGUAGGUGUUGCCGGCCACGUCUCUCUUUCUGAAGUCUCCAGAAAUGGAAACAGAUUCUCAAGUACACAUAUGUCCCGCUCGAAUCGUCAAUCCGACACAGCAUGCGGUUGACCUGGAGACGGCAACCCGUCGUGAACCAUCGCCUCCUUCUGUGCGGGCAGCAGUAUCGCUCAGUGGUACAUCCGGCGACUGGAGGUGUACUGCGUCGGUGGAAUGCCUCGCGCGGGUAUUGGCUAACCCAAAGCGCGUAUCACCCUGCAGGUAGAGGACUAGGUGGGCACCUCAGUGCCUGUGGACACAGGGGAAAACAUGCAUGCAUGGUUCAUUACGCCCCGGCUAAGUACUUACUGCACAAAAGUAAGUAGUGCCCCGCCCUUGAAAUGUGUUUGAGCAACCCUGUUGUCGACUACUGCACAACAGUGCCGAAGCAGAUGCAUAUAUAGCCUCAUCCAGCGCCCAGAUGGAAAAUCUUUGACGUGGCGGUCUUGCCUGAUGAUCCUAUCUACCAUAUCCUUUGCCCACCUCACUUUCUGCAGUCGGCAUGUCGUCCAAGGCUUCGAUUUAUGAGAAAUACAAACGCGCGGAGAGAGAGGCCUUUGGUGAGUUAUUCAGGGGUCAGCCCUACACUAGUUGGCCAGUCAAAACUUUCUACGCUCAUCUACCACCGUUCCUGAAGCAGUCGGUAGCGACCGCUGUAAUCAAAAAUCUUCGAACGUCACUCAAAUUACGCGGGAGAAUUGCCAAAUUCUAUGCAGCAGCUUCGAAAACGCAAACGUACAUCCGUCACGAGUACUUCAAGCGAUGUCUAGAUCACUUAAUCGACGCCGUGUCCCAUUUGCCGCCACCGCCGACGAAGACGAAAUCUGGACACAAUCGAUACGGUGUACUGCGAACACAAGGACUCAUGGGUGACGAUGAACCCCAGGGCGAUGAGUCCCUCGAAGCGACCAAGUGUAUGACCCAAAGACGGGAAGAGCAGACGCCGACGACCGAAUUCGAUGAUACAUCUCUCGAGGAUAUGGAUCGCCUCAUGUUUCAAGACGUCGUGCAAACUUUCAUUCUUCGGGCCGGCGAGAACUGGCAAAAUGCUAUUAAAGGAAAAUCCCGACUGUCCACGGCGUCGAUCAUAUCCGACGUGCACGCGACAGAGCUGCAGGCCAUUCUCAACGCAGCGGAGUUGCUUGACCCUUCGUGGUUUAAGUCACAGGACCAAUAUUCCUGGGACUUGGAAGAUCACAAGAUCAACGGGAAAUGCUUGAUCAGAUCUUGCCGCGCGUCAGGCUUGCCGUCUUCGUACUUGCCUGUCGCGAUUUACCAGUUGAUGACGUCGCAGAAAAGAGCGGAUAAACUUCGUUGUCUUGUCUGGAAAAAUAUAAUUCAUGCCUCUUCCAAUGCAGCAACUGAGACAAAGGUCAAUCGGUUGCGGGGGUUUGUGAAGCAGGAGCUUGAAGAAACCCUGGAUUUGUGCCAGCGACAUCGUGGUCUCCUUGAAGAAGACUCGCACGUCAUCAUCGAGACUACCUCGACGCUUCGCGUGUGGGCUCAGUCGGCGGACAUCUUAUCGAUUGGCAAGAUUGCACAGCUUGCGGAAGGCUACUCGGUCGUCGUCUAUCGAGCGGUACUGGAGCUGCCGUCGAUCACAAUGUUUGCAUACUUGUGUGAAUAUGUCCGAAUCGAAAAGUUCGGUAAGCACAAGCCAACGCUGCCUGAGCCGUUGGAGUCCUGGUUCAACGACCAACGGAUUAGCGAACUGCUAUGGUGGAACAAACGACCGCAUAACUUGAAAGACUGGAAGACAGCGGUGGACGACUGGGUACUGCCAAGUUUCAAGGGCAUCGCUAUAGCAAAACGAAGGCAUAAGUUACCUCUGUUUCAACGUAUCUCCGAGAACAACUACAGCUGCAGUAUCAUCACCGAUCGGGAGCAGCGGCGGCCCUUGUCAGAAGUCCUUGAAGAAGAGCUAAAUACUCCGAACACAGAUAGUAUCCGGACUUGCGUUCUCGAUACUGUCCGUGCAUCGCUGGGCAGCAUCGACUCGAAGUCGAAAGAUGCCGAUGGAAUGUGUGCAUUACGACUGUACCAAGAAUGUCGAGAAGGCAAAGACCCGCAGUCGAUAAUGGAUGCGUUCAUCAAACGAUGGGAAGCCGGACACUUGGCGGACAAUGGCAAGGAUGCGGCUGGAGGACGCUUUGCAGACACGGUCGGUCUUGCACAAGAAAUCUCGCAAGGCGUUGCAAAAGAGAUGUGACAGUCUACGGGCCGCAGCAAGUAAUGGAAGGCGGAGCUAACUUUGGCUGUCCAUGUGGGGCAGGCCUCCAUUCCUUGAUGGCAUCAUUACUGUAGUAUGACUACCACAGCAGCACACCUACCUCGCUGAAUUCAGAGCAUUUUCAACCUCCUUAUGCGACCAUCGCUGAAGAGGGAACCAUGUAAGGCAUUGCAUCAGGCAACAGAGGAAGAUGCAAACCAGCUGUCUUCGUAUCGGCACUUUACAGUUGUAUUUGGAAACCCUGCGCGAUGGGCAAGAUUGGUCCUUACCUCUGUGGGCCAUCUAACACAUGGUCCCAAGUCGGCUUCCUGGAUCUACUGAUGUUCCUGUGCCUAUCACCACAAAAAUGAGGGUGUUUUGAAAAUCUUGGGCCAACAUCUUGUCAGUCGUCAGUGUGUGAAGCAGGUUCUGGCUUAAGAACCGAUCGGAUCAUUUCAACAGUGUUGAACAGCACCCGCCCGUGUGCCUUCACUGACCGCAAGAGACACAUCUUCUUGAUCAGCAACGGCCACUCGCCCAUAGAAUCAAAGCGUGCAGGGAAGAUGCUGUCGGAAUACGUCGUCGGCGGCAACAGAGCUUCGCGAAAGACCGGGUUAAGUCAGGAAUUGUGUUAUUAGUACAGCGGGUGCGAGCAAGAGCGAUCGAUUAUGGGGACGAAACAUACUUCAUUCGCUAGAUUGAUAGGGCACUCCGAUCAAGGCCGACGCCCACGUCUGAAAUGGUAAUUCCGGGGAAUCGAUUUCCAAUGCAUAGGAGUUACGAUGUCACUCCCGCAGCAAUGAGUUCUUUCUGGUCUCGAAAGUCAGCAGUCGUUAUGGAGGCAGCCGUAUGGAGGUGUCAGAUAAGCCUAUCCCUAUAUGGAGAUGUCAUGCAUAAGGAUUGCAUGUCCAGGGUAUGCAUAUAAUACCUAUAUCUCCGAACGUUCCGAUGUCGGAUUCCAGCAAGAAUUCGCCGACCUUGUUUUCUUUUAUCA